UUUCAUUAUCGUCCAGUAUUUUUCUUAUUUUCUUUGAAAGGCAGACGCAAUCAUGAAACAAGAGGUAAUAAAAAUGGUUGGGAAAAAGUCAGAAUAUCAGAAGCAAUUUUCACCUGCCAUUUUAACAAAACACAUACCAAUUUAUCAAGACAAUUUAGCAUGUCGUAUUAGGAGACGUGAUCAACAGUUUGCGCACACAUCUAUAGCUUGGGACAGUUGUUCUGAUUCCACAUCAGAAGAUGAUGUCAAAGAAAUUCAGCAUAAACUAGAAGAGUUAAAACUCAAAGAAAAACAAGAAGCUUUAAUACGUAAAAAGGAAGAAAAAAGGACUAAGUCUCCAGCCAAAGUUGAUAAGUGUAUAGAAACACAUUUGAGUUUAUCAGGCGAUGAAGAUGAAGAGUUAUAUAAUGGUGAUUUUGAAAAGAUCAGAAAGUCUGAUUUUGGUAAAACUAAAGUGAUACAUGGUAAAAAGAAAAUAAAAAGACCAGAUCAAAGUAAGAAAAUACCUAAAGGUUCCAGAACACAUACAGUGAAAGCUUCCAGACCAUCUACUGCCCCUAGUAAACAGUCAGUCAGACGACCUAGGACACCUUUUGUAUCAUAUGGAGCUGGAGAUGGUGAUAGAUAUAGUGGAAAAUUAUGGACACAUAACGUUUUAGCUGAUACAGAUGUAUAUCCAGCAGCAUUAAGAGCCAAAGAAAAACAUGAAGAAGAAAUGAGGAAGAAGGUUGAAAAGCAUGAUAAAUAUGUAUGGUUAGAUGACAGAAAGAAAAAUGCCAUAUUAAAACUGAUGAAGAAAGAGACUGGAGAUUGGGAUACAGAAUAUAAGAGACAUUAUCCAGCCUAUGAUAAAGUUAUAUAUGAACGGGCAUUAUCAGCACGACCAGAUAGCUCAUGUCGUAGAGAAUAUUGA